AUGGACCCAAUUAUUCCAAAAGCCUUGAAGAAGGGAGACACAAUCGCCUUUAUCUCACCCUCCGCACGUCUCAAUGACAUCCUACCUGCUCCCCUGGAGCGAGGAAAAGCCUAUCUGGAGUCGCUAGGCUUCCAUGUCCAGGUGAUUUUCUCUAACCAAACAACAGCCCCUAUCGCAAAUUCUAUUCGAGUUCGAUGCGAGGAAAUCCAUGCCGCAUUCCGUGAUAGUACCAUUGGCGCCAUUAUUUGCACGAUCGGGGGCGCGCAUGCGAAUGAACUGCUACCUUUCCUCGAUUACUCCCUUAUUCAAUCAAAUCCUAAAAUCUUCCCUAUGGAAUUCACGAUCGACCACUUCAUUCGUGUGUUGACUGAGGCCGGAAAGCCAGUGGGUUCACUUCCUCAAUCCUUAAUUUGCUCGAACGAGCAUAGCGACUUCCUACUUGGCAAAGGGAUCCUCGAGAAACCGCGUGACAUCACUCUAUCGCCUCCAUGGAGAUGGCUCCGCGGAUGUCAAGCUACUGGACAUCUAUUUGGGGGCACUGUACCUUGUGUCGUGCGUCUUCAGGGGACCCAGUACGCCCCCUCCUCGUGGAAAGACAAGAUUCUCUUCCUUGAGUCUGCGAUGGGCGACAACUUGCAACUGCCGUACUCUGUAUCCCAGUUCCGGAACAAUCUUGUCGAUCUUGCUCUGUCUGGCAUAUUGCAUGAAAUUCGCGGACUGGUUGUUGGACGAGGAUACAAAUACAAUACUGAUAUGCAGACAGAGCUUGCAAAUGUGAUACUGGAAGUCUUUGAGGUGAUUGUCGGUCGAGUUCGUGAGGAGGAGCUUCCCAUUUUGAUGAACGUUGACUUUGGCCAUACGAGUCCAUUCUUGACUUUGCCUAUCAACGCAUUAGUCAAAUUAGAUAGCGAUCUUGAUGAGUUUAGCGUUCUGGAACCUGGGGUGCAGGCUUGACGGGGUAGUGGGACUCUAUUCGCUGAGAGAGGUGCGCCGAAAGUCUGCCUACGUCUGUAGGAGUCCUAUAUACAGCUGCCUGGAGGCCUGUCACCUUGCUUUGAUACAGGAUUACUACUCUUUCGCUUUCCCAAGGUGCGGCCGCCCUCACACGGCAUGGCUAAGUAGCAGGAUAGAUAAGGCUUUCUGAAACUGUGUGAAAGUAUUAGAAUAACAUAAUUAAAUCAAAAACUAGAUAUCAUAAACUAAGAUUAUUAGGCGAGCAGGGCGCAAGAGGCUGUCGAGCUCUAAG